UGUGUAAAUAAGGAGAUUGUUUCCCUCUGGCUUUUAUGUGCACACUGCUAUAACAAAAAAGAUACACCCUAUAAAUAAGCCUGCAUACACCCUAACUACUCUAUUGUGUUUUAUUGGUCCAAAAUUAACUUCCUGUCUUUUUCCUACAGCAAAGUUACUUAAAACUUUAUCACAGCCAAAAUUACUUAAAGAAGUGUGAGAGUGUACUUCAACAAGUGUGUGUUGCAUAGAGUAGGGGAAGCUGUGGCUGAGAGCUGAUGCAGAGGAGAGAAGAAGGUGUGAAGAGGUGGACCUGUUGCAUGGCCAUGAAUAUAUGUUUGUAUGCUUGUGUAGGCAUUUGUGUGUACCACAUGUCUUUUCUGAUUUCAAUUUAAAUAGAUUUCACUUACAACCUAGUCAAAAGGAAAAUGUCACGUUCUGAAUGACAAAAGAUCUGUUUUUUAUUAUUGACGAUUUUUUUUUCUUCUCAUUUUGAAAACUAGAAAAUUUUAUUUAAAAGCUGCACUUAUUCCAUCCCACAUUUCUCAGACUUUCAGAUUUUAUUUAACCUGUCACUUGAAAUAGUAUUACAGGAGAUUUUGAGAGUGGUCUGACUUUUUUUUUUCUUGGCCCCACUGAAGUGUGCUUUCUCGCACCGUCCGCCCACCUGCAGGCUUUAUGAGUGAUGGUUAUCUCUCACAGUGGGUCUCACUCUCACUGCUUUGCAGUGGGUCUUCUCACACUUCUCUGGAUGUGCAGUUGUCAUCUCUGAAGUGGCCAGAGACGGUGUGUGUGCACAUGGCUCCGGGUAAAGUUUCGUAUCCUUCAGUAUUCGUGGUGGACAGCAAAAUGAGGCCCCCUCCGCUGCCCCCCAAGCCGGUCCGUAGACAGCGGAAGGAGGUGAUCCAGACUCUACUGGUGAUCCUGGUUUGUGUGGCUCUGUGUGGCAUGGCUGUGGAGGCCUGUUUCAUCUACCAUCUGUUCACAUCCAAAGAAAACCCUACACCAGAUGGACCACAGAUUGCCAUGAGAAAACAAGAGAAAGAACAUGCUCUAACCCCCAAACAAAAACCGCUUGGAGAAAUGAAGCCUUCAAAACCAAUGGCACAAUUGACAACUGGUGAGAAAUCUGUUAAUGGAGUCAUGCUGUGGCAUGAGAAUCAUCCGUCCAUUCUUUACCAUAUCAAACACAAAGCAGAUGAAGGCAAACUCAUUAUAGAGAAAGAAGGAUAUUAUUCCGUCUACUCGAAGAUCAACUUCAAAGAGGACAGCAUCUUAUUCAGUCACUCUGUACUCUGGGUUACACAUCGAUAUGCAGGAAAUGAGAUUCUGCUUCUCCAGUCCUCUAGGUUACAUCUUAGGCCUAGAGCUACAGACAACAGCUACCUAAGCGGGGUGUUUCAUCUGUACAAAGAUGAUGCUGUCUUUGUCAGAGUAAAAAAUUGUACACUUGUGUUGUCCAAUGCUGCUGAGAACUACUUUGGUGUGUUUAUGAUUUAGAUGGAUUCUGGAGUCAGACUGUUACCAUAUGACUAAUGUGUGAGUUGGAUAUGUUCACAGAUAGAUUUUAUGGAAAAAUACAGAUAUAUAUAUAUAUAUAUAUAUAUAUAUACAUACAUACAUACAUACAUACAUACCUUGUAAUGUUCCUGCCUGUGUGUAGCACCCGCCGCUCUGUUGAUUUACACUGUAUUUUUUUUUUUUUUUUUUUAGUGGUAAAUCAACAAAAGAUUAUCACAAUAUGUUUUACAAGAAAAUACCAUUUGAGAAUUUCAUGUUUAAUUCAGUUUUACUUGUUUCUUUGUGAGUUAAUUGUGAAAUUUACUGUGAGUCUCUAAGUGAAAACUAUAUAUAUUUAU